AGACGGAGGCGGAGCGGAAGGCGAAGGGCGAAGGGCGCAGGGCGGAUUAGGACGACGACGACGAGCUCUCGCUACCUCGCGCAGCCUCCUUUUCUCUCGCGCGCUCGCUCGCUCCAUCGCUUGCUUGCUUGCUCGCUCGCCUGCAGCUGGCAAUGCAGGGCGGGGCGUGAGUGACGACGCCAAGAAAUUUCAUGAGAGCGCGGAGGUGGGGCCGACGAUACUACUGUACGCGAUUAGAGCGGAGAGGACGGGAGGAGCUGGGAGGCUCGUAGAGUAGGCGAGGUGGAAGAGGCGGGGCGAUGGUGGCGCAGGUCAGAGCAGGAGGAAGAGGAGCAAGAGGAGGAGGAGGAGGAGGAGGAGGAAGUGGUGGUGGUGUUGGUGUUGGUGCUGGUGUUGGGAGUGUAUGCACAUACCACACCCUUGACACUGGGCUGCCUUGCUCGGCGAGAGGUCAUAGCCUUUAUGAGAAUGCUGGGCUGGCCUAGCGAGUCUGUUGUCGUUGUUGAUUUUGCCAAAAGCUUGAAGGGCAGUCAGUUGUAGAGACGAGCGAGAGACAGUCGAGGAGACGCUUGAGGCCGAGUCGAUACGUCCUCCUGCAGGCCUCGGCUUCUCAUCCCUCCUGCUGCUGUUGCUGCUGGGGAGCUGGUGUCACUCGCGGACAGGAAGGUUGGAGAUGCGUUGAGAUUUGAGACCACUUUGGAGCAGCGGAGCAGGAGCAGGAGCAGCGACGCUCUGUAGGAAGUAGAGAAGCUGUUGGAGGAGACGAGAAUAGGGCCGGACCGGGGAUUGUUUUCGGGAGAACGACGCUCGUAGUUGAUGGGCAUUGCAUGAGUCUUUCGGGAAGAAUGUCGCGUGGUGUGUGGGUCGGUUUUCUGGUCCUAGGAAUUUUGGCGACCUUGUAUCCGGCCAUUGAUGGCGUUACUGAUCAGGACGAUGUUCAAGGACUUCAGCAGCUAUAUCAGAGCCUGAACUCACCGCUACUCACUGGAUGGAUUUUAAACGGCGGAGAUCCUUGUGCGGAAAACUGGCAAGGUGUCACCUGUAAUGGACCCAGUGUGACUCAAAUCCAACUCUCUGGUCUGGAAUUGCAAGGAGCUCUGGGUUGGUCACUGGACAGGCUGAAGAACCUUCAAUCUUUGGAUUUGAGCAAUAAUCAGCUCGAGGGACAACUACCAUACAACAUGCCUCCAAAUAUUCGUCAGUUGAAUUUGCAGAGAAAUCGUCUCAGCCAAACUCUUCCCUGGUCGAUGGGGCAGCUGGUGGAGCUAACCGAAUUGAGGUUAGCCAACAACAAUUUCACAGGCAAUAUACCGGAUAAUUUCCUGAAGCUCGCAAGUCUGGCUACCAUUGAUGUUUCAUUCAACCAGCUAAACGGCGCUGUUCCGAAGUCCUUCAGCAACUUGACAAGCCUGACUGCGUUGUAUAUGCAAGAUAAUCAGCUCAGCUCGGGCCUCGAGAAUCUGGAAACUCUGCCUCUGCAAACUUUAGACAUCUCCAACAACCAAUUUACAGGCUGGAUUCCAGGACCGCUACUAUCAAUUCCUUCACUUCAGUCCAACGGAAACCCAUUGAGCAGUUCGCCCGCACCUCCUCCACCUCCUCUUACUCCACCUCCUCCCGGGACCCCUCCGAAAAAAUCCCCUCCGAAGAAGGCUCCUGCUUCUCCUGAUAGUCAGGAUAGCUCAUCCUUCUGGUCAGGUGGGCGAAUCGCAGGCAUAACUAUCGCAGCCAUUCUUGCCGUGGUUGCCGUAGGACUGAUAGUUCUAUUUUUCAAGUGGAGGAAACGAGAAGAGGGUGUCACUAAGGAGGACGACAAACAGGCGAACAGCUCAUCCUGGUUAGGACCUCUUAUUCCCCCUGCUAAAGAAAAAUCCAAUAGCGAUGCAAAGUCGUACUUCAGUGCGCAAGCAUUCAUGGGUGAGAAGGAGGGCAAGGAAGAGAAAAUCAAAGCCUCUCCCCCUGAGAAGGUUCUCAAGCUUCCUCCCUCAGGUUACAAGCCAGUGCCAGCAGACAUCAGCUCGGGAAGGCCCUCAUCGGUCAAGAGUUUAAGGAGCACCAUAUCUGCAUCAGUGUACUCCGUAGCUGACCUUCAGGUCGCCACUAACAGCUUUGCCCAGGAAAAUUUAAUCGGGGAAGGAUCCCUUGGCCGAGUUUACCGCGCUGACUUCCCUGAUGGCCAGGUACUCGCCGUGAAGAAGCUCGAUACGUCAGCACCGGUGGUCCAAAAUGAAGAGGAUUUCCUCGCAAUUGUUGGAAACAUCGCUCGACUUCGACACGUGAAUAUUACAGAGCUUGUUGGUUAUUGCUCUGAGCAUGGACAACGCCUCCUGGUUUACGAGUAUGUUAGUAGAGGAACUUUGCAUGAAAUGCUCCACUCAGCGGAUGAAUCUUCGAAGAAGCUAUCGUGGAAUAUGCGGGUGAAAGUAGCGUUGGGUGCUGCUCGUGCUUUGGAGUACCUGCACGAAGUCUGCUUGCCCUCGGUAGUACAUCGGAAUUUCAAGUCCGGGAACAUUCUUCUCAAUGACGACUUGAACCCCCAUCUGUCUGAUUGUGGAAUCGCCGCGCUGAUUCCCUAUGGUUCAGACCGUCAGGUUUCAGCAAAUAUGUUGGGAUCAUUCGGAUACAGUGCUCCGGAAUACGCCAUGUCAGGUGUAUACACUGUGAAAAGCGAUGUUUAUAGCUUUGGCGUGGUGAUGCUCGAGCUGUUGACAGGCCGCAAGCCUCUAGACAGUUCAAGGUCCCGACAAGAGCAGUCUCUGGUGAGAUGGGCAAUUCCACAACUUCAUGAUAUCGACGCACUUUCCAGAAUGGUGGAUCCUGCGUUGAAGGGCAUUUACCCUGCUAAAUCUUUGUCUCGAUUCGCGGAUAUUGUUGCGCUCUGUGUACAGCCGGAGCCCGAAUUUCGACCUCCUAUGUCAGAAGUAGUGCAAGCAUUGGUCCGUCUCAUGCAGCGAGCAAGCCUAAGCAAACGCAGAUCUGGAGACGAUUUGGGCGCAUCACAAAGAAGCCUCGACCGUCACGAUCAUCCCUCUGAUCACUCGACCUGAUGAAGGAUAUGUCUACCAGCUUCAGUUAAUUAACUUUUGAAGUGAGCCAUGAUUGAGUCAUAGCACCAAAUCUUCCUCUUUUUUCGCAAGCCGAAUAUCCAGCCUCAGCUCUUUUCAUGGUGUAGCGAUGAAAUACUUGCGUCAGCUCUCUUCCAGAGGCUCCAUUCGAAGUGACCACCUAUCUAUCAGGUAUUUUGAGAGCUUCCCGCACUUCGGCGCACUGCUUCAUCAACCUCAUGACGACCUUCAGUCUCACCGGGACAUACACUCAUGUGUCGAAGUCUCUAGGUUAUCUUGUUAUAUAUGGUUCUGAACAUGCCUUCUGACUGCCCAACAAAACCAAUUUUGAAAUCUCAUUCAACGUCAGUUGCCGAAACAUCUGGAGCGUAGGUUACAUUGUAUGAGUGAAUAUUCUAGGUAAGUUUGAAUAUAGGUUAUUGUUGCAUCCGAGAGUGAAUCUGAUGACAAUAUACCGGAACUGUUCCUUUCAAUAUUCCUUGUUGGAGUCUGGAGUAGCACUCGGAGGAAAGUCGUCACCUAGGAGCCUUACUACUUGAACUUACCCUCUGGAUGAGGAACAGAAACAGGAAUCUGGUUAUCACAUGCUUCUAUGCACCUGAUCCGAUCAAAGGUGUUUCUGUUAUUCAUCAGUAACUACGUUGUAUUUCAGUCACCUUCAAAACUGCAUGAUUGCAUGCGGAUGUCUUCAGUAGAAGAUAUUCUUGCCUGGUUGUUCAGUUUGAUCUUACUACGUGCAUCCGUCUGACCGAGAAGUCUCCUAACGGGCAGUUUCUCUCAAGACUCCACGUCAGCGUAAGUAGAUGCAGUCUUAGUGAGUAUCUUUCUCCCUUGCUCUUUCGUCCUUGGCAAGGAGGACCGGGAAACUCAGGCCCGCGGUGAUGUGCAGUCGAUCAUGACUAGUCUUUCUGACCUCAAACGCGAAGAAAAUCCACUUACACCCAACUAGAAACUCUGCACCCAUGUGAUUGUAAGUUGGGGCCGGAUACACUUCAUUGUAUGAGAUUAGGAGAUAGAUGGACUGGUUCGAUCUUUUGGUAGAUUAACUAUUAAGAUUUCAAAGCCACCAAUAGCACCAGUUGCAAAGAUUGGUGCAGAGUGCGUAGUUGCACUUUAAUGAGGUUUCCAACUGUGAAGCUAGGGAGAUGGCGGUAGAAACCUGCCGCCUCAUUAUGGAAACCAUGUAAAGCUUGUAGAGCACUCAGGACGAGAAACAUUCCUUUGAUGUGAACUUGAAGAAAAUGUAGUAAAGACUGAGUGUUACUUUUAA